AUGUUGCACAUGUCUGCAAAGAGGGUGGUGCAUCCCUACUCACCACCAAAGCGGAGUGACGGUCACACCUGUUCAAUGUUGCUGGUUUCUCUCAAUUCUCCUCUAGCCUCCCUUUUAAGCUUCUGGCACCUGGCCACCACUGCCCAUGUGACCGUGACCACCGAGUCAGUGCCACCCCUAGUGGCAAAAGGAGAUGACGUCCUUGUCCUUGUCCACAAUCCACCAGAGAAUGUUCAAAUCUUUGCCUGGUUCAAAGGGCUGACAAAUAUGAAAGAUGCAAUUGCAUUAUACGGAGUGUUCAACAAUGUUAGUGGGCCAGGGCCUGCGCACAGUGGUAGAGAGACAAUAUAUCGCAACGGAUCCCUGCUGAUUGAAAACCUCACCAAGAAGGACACGGGAUUCUACACCCUGCGGACCUAUGAUGAACAUAUAAAAGUUAUAACGACAACAUCCACAUACCUCCAUGUGCAGGAUUUCCUUUGGAACUGUGGGCGCCAUGCCACCUCCGCCCAGCCCACUGUUGAAUCAGUGCCUCCCAGCGUUGCUGAAGGGGGGAGUGUUACUCUACUCAUUCACAAUCUCCCAGAGAAUCUCCAAGGCUUUGUCUGGUUCAAAGGAAUAUCUGUGUUCUGGGAACACGAGAUUGCCCGAUACACAAUAGGCAGAAGUUCAAGUGAUACAGGGCCUGCGCACAGUGGCAGAGAGACAUUGAACAGUGAUGGAUCCCUGACGAUUCACAACGUCACUCGGAAUGACACCGGACUGUACACCCUACGACUUAUGAGUACAGAUAUGAAAAGUGAGGAAGCACAUGCCCAGCUCCAAGUGGACAAGUACGUAGAACGACCCUUUGUGCGAGUCACUAACAGCGUGGUCUCGUCACACAGAUGUGUGAUCUUCACCUGUGUUUCGCCCGACACUGACGUCUCCAUCCGUUGGUUCUUCAAUAACCAGCACCUGCGUCUUUCAAGGAGGAUGACUCUGUCUCCGACAAAGUGUGGACUGAGAAUAUGUCCUGUACGGUUGGAGAAUUUUGGAGAGUAUCAGUGUGAGGUCUCCAACCGAGUCAGUUCCAAGACCAGUCUCCCAGUCUUGUUUGAGUGA